AUGGCGGGACCCCAGGAGUUUCUGAGCGGGAAGCUCCGGCUCUGCUUCGCCCCCGCGGCCCGGACCAGCCUCCUGCUGCUCAGGCUCAACGACGCGGCGCUGCGGGCGCUGCACGAGUGCCAGCGGCAACAGGUCCGGCCGGUGAUCGCUUUCCAAGGCAGCCGCGGGUAUCUGAGGCUGCCAGGCCCUGGCUGCUCCUGCCUCUUCUCCUUCGUAGUGUCCCAGUGUGGCCAGGAGGGCUCUGGUAGUGGCUUGGACCUUGUGUGCCAACCCUUAAGCAGACCUGGGCCUCACCGCCUCCACUGCCUGGGGCCACUCAGGGAGCGCCUCAGUAUCUGGGCAGCCAUGGAUUCUAUCCCAGGCCCAUCUUCAGGUCAGGGACACCACCUGACUGAUGAUUCCAGAGAGCCUGAGAAUUGGCAGAACACGGGAGAUUAUUCCAGAGAUGGAGUUUCACAGCCACAGAUGGCACUAGAGGAGGUGCCAGACCCACCAGCAAGCAGCCAAAGACAGUCACUCCCAGGAUCCUCGAGGGAACACUUGGCACAGUGGGAAGGAAGGAACCAGCCCUGCCUUCCAAACACAGAGCCUGACCAGGCACUGCCUUCUGCUAGCCAGAAACAUCUGAACAAGAAGCGUCCGGCACCUGCAGCCACUGUAAAAGUGAAAGAAAAGAGGCUCAGAACUCUAAACCUACAAGAGGGAGAAGAUUGGGAGCAAGAAAAUAAACAUGAAGACCUGGGCCCCAGACUGGGGCACAGUCCCUCAGUUCAAGCAGGCUUUGAAUCCCCGAGCCCUGAAGAGGUACCAGAUUACCUCCUGCAAUAUGGGGCCAUCCAGACUGCAGAGCAGCAACAUGCCUAUGAGCAGGACUUUGAGAGAGAUUAUGCUGAAUACCGCAUCCUGCAUGCUCGAUUUGGGGCUGCAAGCCAAAGAUUCCUAGAGCUGGGAGCAGAGAUCAAGAAAGUUCAGCGAGGAACUCCAGAACACAAGGUGCUGGAAGAAAAGAUAGUCCAGGAAUAUAAAAAGUUCCGAAAGCGGUACCCAGGUUACAGGGAAGAAAAGUGCCGCUGUGAGUACCUGCAUCAGAAAUUGUCCCACAUUAAAGGUCUCAUCCUGGAGUUUGAGGAAAAGAACAGGGGCAGCUGA